AAAAGAGAUGCCUGAGUGACGUCACCUCACGGUCCCACAUCAUUAUUACAGACCGAGAAAGAGAGAGAGAGAGAGAGAGCUAUUAUUCCUCACCUCGGACGAUGAACAGAGUAGUUGUAGCAAAAGGAGCCUGAGAAAGUGUUUUACAUUUGGACGCUGCUGGAAAGCUGUGGGAUACAGGGAAUCGUCGUGAAUAUGUGGAUUUUACGCCAUCUGCUGGUGCUUUUAAUGCACCUGUUUCUCGGAAGCCUUGCACAGAAAUUCUCCAAUGGCUAUUAUUAUCAGGACAUAGUUAAUGGAAAUGGAAAUGGCAAUGGGGAGAUCUACUUCCACAAGAUCCGUCUUCACGUGGAGUCUCCUGAAACUCUAGUGUCGGGUGUGCAGGGGAGUAACGCCACACUGCCGUGUCAUUACCGCUACGAGCCUGCGCUCAGCGCGCCGCGCAGGACGCGCGUCAAGUGGUUCUGGCAGCCGGUGAGCGGCGAGGGACAGGAGCGCGACGUCAUGGUGGCCAUCGGCACACGUCACCGGAGCUACGGAGACUUCAAAGGACGAGUGCGGCUCCACCGAAGCGCCCCGGGCGAUGCGUCCCUCGUCAUCAACCCGCUACAGUCCGACGAUACGGGCCGGUACCGGUGUGAAAUUAUUGAUGGUCUCGAAGACGAGAGCGUGACAGUGCAGCUAAAUUUUCGAGGUGUGGUGUUCCCCUAUCACUCCUCUAGGGGGCGCUAUCUGAUGAACUUUCACGAGGCUAAGGAGGCAUGUGAGAAGCAGGAUGCACACCUGGCGACCUUUGAACAGCUCUACGCUUCUUGGGAGGAAGGGCUGGACUGGUGUAAUGCUGGGUGGCUCAUGGAUGGGACGGCACAGUAUCCCGUGGUAGUGCCACGAGAGGCCUGUGGUGGCACCGAACUGGCACCUGGUGUACGGAGCUACGGCGUUCGGGACAAAAGUCUGGACCGGUUUGAUGCCUUUUGCUUCAUUUCAACCAUCAGAGGAGAGGUCUACUUCCUGCAACAUCACAUCAAACUAAAUUUCACCGAGGCGGUGGAGGCCUGUCAGAGCGAUGGAGCUCGUAUUGCUAAAGUUGGCCAGUUAUACGCCGCCUGGAGGUUUGUGGGAUUGGACCAGUGUGAUGCAGGCUGGUUGGCUGAUGGUAGUGUACGUUACCCAAUCACCCAACCCAGGAUGAACUGUGGUACAUCAGAACCAGGGGUGCGCAGCCUUGGCUUCCCUCCAAAGCAUUUAAAACAUGGCGUGUAUUGCUACAAAGUCCGCUGGUAAAAUAUACACCUCAUUUUAAAUGUAUAAACACUUUUGUGAAAACCACAGUGAAUAGUACAUCUUUUUCUACACUACUGAUAUUCAAAUCGUAAUAAUGUGUUUGUAUUGUGUAUUGUUUUGAUUUGAAAUGUCCAGGUUAUUCCUACCACAUUUACACUGCAAAGGUGGCAUAGAGGUGCUUCUGACGUGGCAUUUACACAGUUUAAUGCUGCUCAGAGGUGGAAUCAAUGCAUUUAUACUGCAAAUACAAUUCUUUGUUUGGUAUUCAGAGCUGAGGUAGGUCAGAGCCGGCUUAAUUUAGUCUUUAGUUUAAUGCAGCAUUACGUCUUUACACACAAUUUUGAGCAGGCAUAGAACAGCCCUAACUCAGCUGUGUAAAGAGGUCUAAAAUAUUCUGUUAGAAAAUGUAAUUUCAAGAGCUAACUCGGAUAUUAACACUAAAAACAAAAUGAAGGUUAAAACUAACUGUGUGGUCAUCACUUUUUAUACAGCAUGUACAGUUCUACUAUGUUUCUGGACUAAAUCCUGAAAUUGGUGAUGGGUGAUUUCUUUAAACACUUUUAUGAUCUGAUUGCUUGUAUUAUGUAGCAUUUUAAUGCAAAUAAUCAGUUAGUCGGUGCCAUCUCCUGGUAUUUGUAUGCAUGACUUCUUUCUAUUAUAGGAGACGUCGUCAUUCAAAAAGCCAAAUGUCAUGUCAAUAAAUGUUUUUUUCUUAAUAAACUA